AUGGAGGCGUUCUCCGCCCCAGCUCCCACGAGUCCUCCGCUUUCGCCUUCGAGGAGGAGGUGCCAGGAAGUUGCUCGAAGAUGUGAACGCCUAUGCUGUAAUAUGUUCAUAUAUUUCCCGUUGGCAUUCGUGUACGGACUUACGACAUGGUCUGUAUAUGUGGAAGCAAAGAUAGGAAUGCAACCAACAAAAAGCAGGUGGAUUGGUCCUGCAACAUCCGUUCUCGGAAUAAUCCUUUACAUCCUUUUAAAUUCUUCGUAUACGAUUGCUGUCUUCACAGAUCCGGGUUCUCCGUUGACGGGGCCUCGGACGAAUAGUCGCGGAAACCGACAUAUGUAUAGCUCUCUUCCCACGACGGAAACAUCCGGCUAUACAAACCUGACGGUGAGCUCGGCGGGUGGUAAAAGAUACUGCAAAAAGUUUUCUGCAACCUGGGUUUGGACAGAGAUAUUGAAUGAUACUCGGUAUAUCGAAUCAUUCGGUCCUGUCGCCAAUGUUCUCUUAGCCGUCAUAGCUGGCAUAAUGGGCCUGGUUUUAUCCGCAUUCACAGGUUGGCAUAUCAACCUUGCAGCACGAGGUUCCACAACGAUAGAAUGUUUAGAAAAGACUAGAUACCUCGCACCUAUCCGCAAAUCUUUUGAUCGCCAGAGGCAGAUAAGAGCGAGCCCCGUUAACGGGCAGAUCGACCACCGCCUUAGCCACACACUCCAUAGCUAUGGUCAUCAAUUCCUCGACGCACAUGCCAACGCUAUCCCUGGCGUGACUCGUGCGGAGGAAGGUGAAGAGCGAAGUUCGCCUACCAUUGCACCCCGUCAAUUCCAUCCCGAUCACGUACCAACAACAUAUGCCCAACACCAACAUUUAUCCCCCGCACAACAAUCCCUUUACCACUCCUAUGACGAGUUUGAACAUGCUCGUGAGAGAGCGCGAUAUGAUGAAUACUUAGAUGAACAAGACGGAGAAAAGCUCCCUCACGCAUUUGACCUCGGAUGGCGCCGCAACCUCAUACAUCUCUUCGGCGAAAACCCCUUGCUUUGGUUCCUGCCCAUAUGCAACACCACAGGCGACGGCUGGCAUUGGGAAGCAAGUUCCGAAUGGCUUGAAACAAAACAACGCAUAGAGAACAGGAGAAUACAACGGUGGCGCGGGCACCAGCCACUGGACCAACUGCAUCCACCUACUGCCCCGCAACCCCCACGAUCUGAAACAUGGCAAUCCUCUGGCGAUAUGUCAGCUGGAGGCUACAGCGAUGUCUCGCGGCGUCCAACCAAUAACGAAGAUUUUGACGAUAGAGGUACUCAUGUACAGCGUCCUGACACGGGGCUUUCGAUGAAAACGCUGCGGCCCAUGUCUCCCCGCCCCGGCGCGGAGGAGGUAGUUUCAGAAGACGACAGCACACCCCCUAGCCAGUCGAGUGGGCGAACUAGGAGUGAAGGCCAGGAUGAAUGGCACAAUUGGGACUAAUGCAUUGCUGGUUUAUUAUGUUUCAUUUAUAUAUUGAUGCUUUUCCUUGAAUGCUUGCUUGUAACUAUUUGUCGGGUGGGGAAGGAUGGCGUUCUAGACUGAUUUUUUUUCCAAUGCGUCAUGAAUAUUGAUGGUUUAAGCAAGUUUUUAUUUCUUUAUUCAUUUUCGUUGUGUAUCUCUUGACUGACUAUAUCUUUGAUCAUGGACCACACUGUAACUAUACAUACUAUUAGGAGCCGCAGAUUUUUAUGGCGACGGUUUCCUUACCGG